GUGAAACGCCAACGCAGGAUGGGGUGCUGUGAGGGGAAGUUGCCCAACCCUGAUGAUUUCCUCGCAGCUCAAAGCCCACGGCCGGUGGGGCCAUUCCUUGAAUGCAUGCCACCCAGCCGACGCUGUGAGUCGUACUGGGUGACGCCUUGGAGUGUUUGCCUAAGCCAGAUUGACUAUGAUGAAGGGGUUGGGAUGCACGAAAAGAUUGCCGUGAUGCACAGUGGCACUUGCGUGCUACGCUUGGAGCUUUGCCCCCACAGAUCCUUCAAGAAGUUUAGCUACAUCCGUAGCCCGGAGAAUGAGCUCUUGGGUGCCAUGCAGACGCUGGAAAAGUACCGGCCACUUCAGAGCACUCGCAGCCACUACGCAAUCUACGGAAAGCAGCCUUUAUCUGGAUGUCAGACAAUCAGCUUGGAAGGCAUCAUGCUCUACCAUUGGGCCACCUUAACACGCCCCGCCUUCUCUUUGGACGCAAAGAUGCGGAUGGAAGGGAGCUACAAGGGAGACUCUGCUUGGACGAUCUCCCUACAGCUAGGAUUACCACCUCCCAGAUGGGUGGUGAAGAACAAGAAGGGUGGCGCCGCCAUUGUGCCCAGAAGUGGGGACAAGAAGAGCCACCAAUAUGUGAUCGCACCUGGUGUUGAUCCAGGUUUGGUUGUUUGCGGCACUUUUGCCCAGCUGCUAGCUUUGGAUGAACUCCGAUUGUAGCUGGCUGACAGCCACAGCAGCCCGAACGGGCUCUAAUCCACUACUCUUUCCGCCAGGACUAGAAAAAUUCUUGGAGCUGACCGGCUCGGAUCCGUAUGAGAUGUGUU